UGCUGCAUAUGAGUGAGUUCCCCCCAGGAAACCCUUUCUCAGACGGCGCUGGAAGGAGCUUCUCAGGAGUCACAGAGGGCAGACAGACCUCCUUCACCACAACCAUAGAGCCAUGAAAUUCUACCUCCUCUUCUUCCUGACAGUUCUGAAAGGUGUCAUAUCGACCUAUCGGCCCUUUGACACAUCGCCAUGUGAAGUGAAAAACAUGGAGGCCUUAUGUCGUGGGAAGGGCUUCCAACAGAUACCUUCAGUGCUUCACCUCAAUGUGCAUAAAAUUGACCUUUCCGAAAACAAGCUUCAAAACAUCACCAAGAGGUUCCUGACCACCUACACCUCUGUCCGGCAUUUGGACUUCAGCUCCAACAGGAUUGGCUUCAUUGAGCCUGGCGUCUUUGCAGGGAUGUGGCAUUUGGCAGAGAUCAGCUUCGCCAACAACCAGCUCUACCGCAUGGCUCACCACAACCUGUGGCUGGGAUCCUUACCCCAGGUGAGAAGGCUGGACUUGUCUCUCAACAGCCUCUACAGUGGGAUGGCUGAACAUUUCCUCCACCAAGCACCAGCGCUGCAGCACCUUUCCCUGGCAGAGAACAGCAUCCUAGAAAUAUCACGGAGGACAUUCCAGGGGUCUCCAAGACUGGUGGAGGUGAACCUGCACAACAACAUGAUCAUGGAGAUAGAGGAAGGCGCUUUUGAAACUCUCCUGCACCUCUCCAAACUCAACCUCUCUAGGAACUCACUCACCUGCAUCGCUGGUUUCAACCUAAGGCAGCUGCGAAGCCUUGACCUCAGCCGGAACAGCAUUGAGACCUUCCAUUCCGUCGAAUCCGAGGAAGAGUUCGACCUGAUUUGGUUGGACUUGAGUGAGAACAAGCUGCUUCGCUUCCCAGUUCUCCCUCGAGAAAACAAACUAGCCUACCUGAACUUAUCGAAGAACAUAAUGCAGUUUGUUAUGGUGGAAACUCCUAGCGAAGAUGUGGAAUAUGGCUGGGAAGACGCUCCUCUCCAUCUUCAGGUCCAGAGUCCCAAGAGCAAUGCAAGCGCUCCAUCCUUACCCCGGCUGAUUUCUUUGGACCUGAGCUACAACAAUAUCCAAUCUAUCCCAAGCCAUUUCUUUGCUUCUAUGUCCAGCCUUCAGUUUCUGAACCUCAGCAAAAAUUGCCUCGAGACUUUUGUGGGGAGCCCUGAGUUGGUCUUCCUGGCUGUUCUGGACCUCAGUUCCAAUUUGCUUCAGAAUCUGGAAUUGGACGCUGGGACUCUGAUCUACCUGCAAGAGCUCUACCUUCAGGGCAACCGCCUGCAAACACUACAGUCAGAUAUCUUUGCAAAGCUUCUGCAUCUCAGGCUGCUUAACCUCAGAAGCAACAACCUCAGUCUUUGCAGCUUGUAUUCGGGGCUAGCCAAGCAGAGGCUGUUGGGUGAGGAAAAUGGUUGUGUCUCUUUUGUUGACCUGCCCAAACUGCAGUAUUUGUAUCUGUCGGACAACAGCCUGAAGAAGCUCCCGAUGUAUGGAUUCUACAAGACUCAGCUCAAAGAACUGGAUCUCUCUAUGAACUGGGGACUUCGCAUAGAGGCGAAAGCUUUGUUCGGAUUGGAGACGUCUCUUGAAUAUUUGGAUUUGCACAGCAACGGCAUGACAGCUUUAAACAUCGACUUGCCUCUUUUCCCACGGCUCAAAUAUCUCAAUCUGUCAGACAACCGGCUCAGUUGGCUGCCUGCUUGGUCUGUGGACUGUUGCGCCCUGCAAGUGCUGGAUCUGAGGAAUAACAGCUUCAGCAAUCUGAACAGCAGCGAGAUUCCGGCCUUGGAGAAAAACCUCCGGAAUCUGCACCUGUCUGGGAACCCGCUCAGUUGCUGUGGGAAUAUCUGGCUGUCUCACAUGAUCCACCGAGCCACUGUGGAGAUCCCCAACCUGGACACCAUCAAAUGCCAGCAUGUUAAGAGUCAUGGGUAUAAAGAAGAAAUGGACGUGACCGACGUCAGGCCUGAGGACUGCAAAAAAGAGGGCCUGGAGAACUUGGGCUUCCUGAUUUUGCUUGUAGUCCUGGUGCUGUCGCUGAUUGUCAUCGGAGUGGGUGUCUUUUGUUGCAGGCACAAGUUUGGGCGUCACUUUAAGGCAUAGAGUGGACCGUGAGGACGUUGACGUGUACAUCCCACCACUUGGUUUCCCAUGAUCACUCAUUGGUGGAUGGCCUGCAAUUGAAUAGGUGACCUGGCUCCCCUGAAAAUCAUGGCGAAGGUGAUAUGAAUGUUCCAUCCAUGGUGGUCGAGCUAUGAAGGCCUGUUCACAUAUCCAUGAGAACAUAAAAGCCUAGCUGGAUCAGCCCUAAGGCCUACCUAGUCCAGCAUCCUCCCUCCCACGGUUGCUGCCCUGCAACUGGGAUUCGGGGGCAUCCUGCCUCUGAAUAUGGAGGUAACCUAUAGCCAUCAGGAUGAGUAGCCACUGACAGACUUAUCCUCCAUGAACUUGUUGAAGCCCCACUUAAAGCUAUCCAAGCUGGUGGCUAUCACCACAUCCUGUGGCAGAGAAUUCCAUAGAUUCUAGUCCAAGAGCACAUGUAUGCGAAAGAGCCAAAGGACUGUCGUUCAGGGUCCUCAGCUACUAAAGGGAACUCUGUAGGAUGAGGCUCUCCAGUUGUUGAUGGACUACUAUCACCCUCACUCAGAGGUGCACCUAGGUCAUUUUGGAGCCUGGACCUAAAGGCCUUUGAAGACCCCCCUCUCCUGGAAAUUAAGCAUCAUCAUGCACCGCCUGGUGACCACACCACCCAGGACAGACUAAAGAGGAUUUGAGGGCCCCCAGGGGCUGUGGAGGCCCUGGACUUUGGCCCCAAAGUCCAGGGGUAAGAGCACCUCUGCACUCUGAAAUCUGAAAUUUAUUGCAGCAGCGGUGAUGGGAGUUGUAGUCCAUCAGCACCUGGAGAGCCUCAAGGUGGCAAGCCCUGCCAUAGGGUCUACCCCAUUGUUUCCUCACAAGUGGUUUAUCCAGUUUGAGACCUGGGGUGCCAUGUGUUUGAUCAGCUCCCAGAACAGACAGGGAUCUUCCUUGCAACUGCAGGGUCACCUGGUUAAUAUUAGCCGUUUUCAAUCAUUAUGUUGUACCUGUGUUCAGAUGUCUAUACACAUGUACAUAUUUUUGAGUGAAUGAUUACCUGCAUUAGUUCUAAAAGUGAGCCUAGGUACAGGCCCCCUAAAUACAGGACAUGGGAAGUGUAUGGCUGUACCUGUGCGCAACAUAACAUGUGAAAAGCUGUACCUGUGUACAUAUCUGUAGUUGUGUACCCUGUACACAGAUUGUACAAAUGGUGAAAAUAGUGUGAAUAGGACUAUUCCCUCCUCGUCUCCCAACCUCCCUUUUGUCCUAUCAGUCAAAGCACAGAAAUAGGUCCAUAGACCCAUUCACAUGUUACAUUCAACACUCGAGCAACGAGUGUACAGUGCACACAGGCCCAGAUCUGUACACAGGUACAGUCAUCCACACGUUAUGCUGAGUGCAGGUACCAGUAGUACACUUCCUGUCUGUUCCAUGCGUUUGAAGGGCCUGUAUCCAGGUUGACUUUUAAAAUGAACCCAAGUACAGUCAUUCACACAAACACGUGUACGAGUAUACAGACAUCUGCCCAUAUACUGGCAGAGAGGGAGAUCGUCACUGUAUCGGAUAUCCUCACACUGAAGGGUAAAGACUCAAGGAUACAUCCAACAUGGUGCUUGAUUAUUACUAAUUUUUAGUGUGUACACCGAUCUGUCUCAUAUUACCCGGGUAUACUCCUCCAGCUCCAGUUUGGGAAUCACUGACUUACCUUCUCACUACCGAGUGACUUGGCGGCUUCUAGCCUAAUCCUGCGGGCAGGAACAGUGCA